GACGUUUGUCUUUGUUUUGUUUAUUUAAUCCACUUUCAGUUCAGGUUAUUUUUUAUGAUUUUUAUCUACAACCUCUGUUUUGUCUUGUUCUUCUGGUUUAGGAAAGGCAGUAAAAUGAUUAUUUAACUAGCAAAUCAUAAUAAAAGUUAGAUCUAUGUAGGUGAUGUAUAGGGAACCACCAGUGACCGGCUACGCAUGAAGGUAUCAUCAACAGAGUCGUGUGCAGGAUGUCGUGCUCGGUGUGGGUGCGCGCGGCGCGCGGCGCGGAGCUGGCGCAGCGCGCGGAGCUGGUGCGGCGCGGCGCGGCGGCCCACACGUGGGACGCGUUCUUGUUUUUCUUCUUCCAAGAGCUGACGCUGGAGGUGUGCGUGCUGGCGGGCGCGGUGCUGUUCAUCUUCUGCGGCGUGUCGCCGGGCGCGCUGCUGCUGCUGCCGCCUGCCGCCGCGCUGCUGGUGGCGGCGGCGGUGGUCGCGGCGCAGCAGGCGCACGCGCACAAACAUGCACAGCGCGUGCGCGGGGAGGAGUUCGGGCUGGUGGCGGAGGUGCGCGCGCUGCGGCAGGCGCCGGGCGACGCCGUGCAGAUCCACUUCCAGCCACACGACGAGCAGGAGGCCGGCUACUCACAAGUGGUGGGCACGGUGAGCGUGUCGGAGUUCUGGGGCCCGCCGCGCCGCGGCUGGCUGCACGCGCUGGCCGUGCAUCCCGACUGGCGCGGGCGCGGCAUCGGGCGCGCUCUGGCGGCCGCGGCGCGGGCAGGCGGCGCGCGACGCGGCCUCGAGGCGCUGGACGCGUGCGUCAGCGCGCUGCAGCCGGCGGCGCGCGCGGCGCUGGCGGCCGCAGGCUGGGAGUUCCGCGGCGCGUACGAGCGGCCGCUGCUGGGCGCCGCGCUCGCGCUGCCGCUGCUGCGCCUCAGCGCCGACCUGCCGCUCGCGUGACCACUGCCCGCGCGCCGCACCCCUCAUGUGAUACAAUAGUGAUCUGCGCUCUGUGGUGGUUACAAUGCAACUGUCAAAGUGAUUGUGGCCAACGGAAUGUAUACCGUAGCCGCAGAUAUGCAUCGACAUAAUAUACGACCGCGAGCUGUCGUCGCGUGCCCUGAAGUGUUGGAAGAGCAUGCUCGUGCGCCGCCGUCGACCCAAAGUGAGCAAAGCGAGAACAUUCGCAUCGACAGUGAAGCGACGCUCGGGCGUUGUCUCAUCAGACAUGAAUGCUCAAAGAUAACAAAGAAACUUGUUUGCGAGAUCCAACUCUCACUAUUUAGAAUCUCAGUAUGCACAAUGGGGAUGAUGCCUGUCAAAGUCAAAAAUAAAUUAUUUAAUGUUAAUUAUCAAAACCAGUAAUCUUCUAAAAUUCGUAAAAUCCACGCCCGCUGUUAGUUUUAAGUUUUCUUACCAUUUUAAAUUAACAGUUUAAGUAACUAAAAAGUACAUCAAAUGUGCAUGACGUCACACCUGUGUUCAUACAAGCUCCUUUAGUAAGUGAGCGUUUUGACGUUUGAUAACAAGUCGCUGAUUUGACUCGUAGCCAUCAUCCCUGCUCGUGGCAUGCGGCGGCUGGGACGUGCCCACAGCUGGUUAUUAUAAAAUGCCAAACAUAUUAAUUAGUAUUGUUAUUUAAGAGAAGUGAUUACAAAGUGAUAUUUAAAAGUCUAAAGUACUUUUUUGAUAUUUUUUAUUAAAGCUUUGAUACUUAUUAUAUAAAAGCUAAUAAAACAGCCUACACUUAUU